AUGGGCUGGCUAUGGACAUCAAGUUCUCAAAAGGACGAACCCGUCAGCACACCUACGCCAUCCACGAAUACCCCCGAACCAGCGUCUCAAAAUGUCCCACCGCCAAACACGUUGACCCCGGCCGAACAAGCCGACCUUGAAUUCAGUCAACUCCUGGCCAGCCUCCAAGAAGCAGAGAAUGGCACCUCCAAGAACCCACAAGCCAAGCUGUCAUCCAAUGGCGAAACAUAUCCAUCCGAACCUACCUCCUCCAUCUCCGAGGAAUCUCUCUACGCAGAUGAGAUGUCAUGUCGCACAGCCUUCGACUACGCCUUCUUCUGCCAAUCCUUCGGCGGCCAAUUCGUGAACGUCUACCGAUACGGCGAGAUGCGCUCAUGCAGCGAGCACUGGGAUAACUUCUGGCUCUGCAUGAGGACCCGGUCUUGGUCAGAUGAGUUGCGCAAGAAGGCCAUCCGCGCCCACAACCAAAAGAAGGCUAUCAAGUACAAGACCGGUCCCAGUAGUGAGGAUGUUUGGGACCUUCGGCUUGAGCCGGCGCGCGAGGCUUUCAAGGGUGACUUUGCUGCCCUGGAGCGCGAGAUGAAGGCUGAAGCGGAGGCUAGUCAAAAAGCAGCUGCAUGA